ACAGAAGUGGAUUCUUAGAAUUUGCAAUUUUGGCCUAUGGUGUAGCUUGUGUUAAGAGUGACGGCUUCUCCCUCAGGUCCACCGAGGGGGAACUGAACAGGGACUCUUGCUUGCGGCACCGAUAGAGCUUUUGCACAGCUCUGAUGGCAUCUGCUUGGGCUCUCCCGGCCCGCGGGGACCAGGAUGAGCUUCUGGAAGUAAAGAUCGAGGAGGAGGAGAGGGAGGAGUAUAACACCCCCAGACAGGAUCAGAACCUGCGAAAGAACAGCACCCACAGCAGGGAGGUCUUCCGGCAGUACUUCCGGCAGUUCUGCUACCAGGAGACAUCUGGGCCCCGCGAGGCGCUGAGCCGGCUCCGGGAGCUGUGCCGUCAGUGGCUGCGGCCCGAGACGCACAGCAAGGAGCAGAUCGUGGAGCUGCUGGUGCUGGAGCAGUUCCUGACCAUCCUGCCCGAGGAGCUGCAGGCCUGGGUGCGGGAGCAGCACCCGGAGAGCGGGGAGGAGGCGGUGACUGUGCUGGAGGAUCUGGAGAGGGAGCUGGAUGAGCCUGGAGAACAGGUCUCAGUCCACACUGAGGAACGGGACCAGCGCUUGCCAGAGAUGGCCCCUCUGGGAACAGAACAGGAACCCAGUAUGUCCUUCCCACCCCUGAUGGCACAGCUCAAGUGUGAGUCUCCAGAACCUGAAGCCCAACUGGAGGAGCAAGUUUCAGGUGUUGAGACUGGAAACGAGUACAGGAAUUUAAAGCAAGAAGUUUCUGAAGAAAUGGAACCAUAUGAGAAUAUGUCUAGAUUUGAAAGUGAAGUGUCCCAGCCCACUUGGUGCAGAAAAGCUGAUGAAUCUGAAGCAAAAACAGAAGAAUCUUCUGGACACUCCAGGGAAGGUGAACAAUCUACAGGUGAUGAAAACAGAGUCAGUCUGACUGAACAGCAGAGGGUCUGUCUGGGAGAAAAACCUCAUGAAUGCAAGGAGUGUGGGAAAGCCUUUAGUCAGCACUCGCGCCUUAUAGAACAUCAGAGGGUCCAUACUGGAGACAGGCCCUACAGAUGUGAGGAAUGUGGAAAAACUUUCCGUGGGAGAACUGUGCUUAUUCGGCACAAAAUAAUACACACCGGAGAGAAACCGUAUAAAUGUAAUGAGUGUGGCAAAGCCUUUGGCCGGUGGUCAGCUCUUAACCAACAUCAGAGACUUCACACAGGAGAGAAGCACUACCACUGUAAUGAGUGCGGCAAAGCCUUUAGCCAGAAAGCAGGCCUCUUUCACCAUCUCAAGAUCCACACAAGAGACAAACCGUACCAUUGUACUCAGUGUAAUAAAAGUUUCAGUCGGCGCUCAAUACUUACUCAGCAUCAAGGAGUUCACACUGGGGCGAAGCCCUAUGAGUGCAGCGAGUGUGGAAAAGCCUUUGUUUAUAACUCAUCCCUUGUUUCCCACCAGGAGAUCCACCACAAAGAAAAGUGCCAUCAGUGUAAGGAAUGUGGGAAAUCCUUCAGUCAGAGUGGCCUUGUUCAGCAUCAGAGGGUCCACACUGGGGAGAAGCCUUACAAGUGUGACAUAUGUGGAAAAGCCUUUAUUCAGAGGACGAGUCUUAUAGAACAUCAGCGAAUUCACACUGGGGAGAGACCCUAUAAAUGUGAUAAGUGCGGGAAGGCUUUCACUCAAAGAUCCGUCCUCACGGAACAUCAGAGAAUCCACACUGGAGAGAGGCCCUACAAGUGUGAUGAGUGUGGGAAUGCCUUCCGUGGAAUCACCAGCCUCAUUCAGCAUCAGAGAAUCCACACUGGGGAGAAACCCUACCAAUGUGAUGAAUGUGGCAAAGCCUUCAGACAGAGGUCAGAUCUUAGUAAACACCAGAGAAUCCAUACUAGAGGUGGUCCCUGUAAAUGUAAAGAGUGUGGGGAAUCGUUCAGGCAGACCUCAGCUCUUACUCAACAUCAGACUAUCCACAGAGGAGAAAAGCCUGUUUCUCUCUGA